CGAGAAUCCUCAAAUACGAUCAAUAUGGCUCCUAGACCUGAUGAACUUCCUAUGAGAGAGCAGCGGAAGCAGUGCUGGGGCUCCCGAGACGCAUGGUUUGCGUGUUUGGAUAAGAACAACAUCAUCAACCCGAUUGAUGAGGAAGUGAAGGCCAAGAAGGCAUGUCCAAAGGAGUUCAAGAAGUUUGAGGAUUCGUGCGUGCAUAGUUGGGUUGAAUACUUCAACAAGAAGCGUGUACUAGACUUCAGAAAGGAGCAGAUGUUGAGGGAGGCAGCGGAGAAGGGACAGCUCAUGACGGGCCCCGCCGGAUCAUUCUCUGUUGAUCCGAACGCUCCGAGGAAGUGAGCGAAGUAAGUGAAGGGCAAGCGGGAACGACACUCUCCCAAUAUACGAUACGAGACCGGAAAUGGCGGAUGUCCUGUUGUAUCAGAAAAGCUGUCGACGAAUGUGAGGUCUUGACAGAUCAGACCCGAUCGUAUGUACGCCAGAACAGUGACAAGUGGACUUGCGAAGGUUUCAAAUGACAUACAUCUUGUUUUAUAAAAGUGAAAUUAGCAACAAAAACAUUUCAAACAGAAGCAAAUAUGGUAACACAGGUAAAAAGGGAAUCUAAUCAGCCCGAAA